GUCUUGGAAAGAAGAGAGCAGCUCCUCCUCCGCCGACGCCCAGACCACUUUUGUCGGCCAUUUCCACACAGGCUUUAAAACGCAUCACCGAUUCCGAGGAAUCGUCAACAUCCGACAUAGAACCUUCGAAACCGUCAUUAGAUAUUGGUGCUCUGUCGAAAGCCAUCAGCUCUGAUAUCGACUGCCCAAAAGUUGUUUCCAACAUUGGCAUCAACCAUGCGCAGUCCAUGCGUCAGUUGGACCGCAAAUUGGAGCUAGAAAUUGCACCGUGCAAGUUUGAUUGCGGCGUUCAACAGAAUUGUCACACUACUGAAGCGAAUCCCGAGGCGCGUUCUAAAUCAGAUUUGGUCAACUCUGAUGAGGUCGUUGAAGCAAAAGUGAUUACGCCGCCUGUAGAAGCCACCCCGAGAGUAGAGCAAGCUAAAGUAGCAACAAAGAGAGUUGGACAAUAUGCACCCCUUCCCAAGCCUCGAAAAAACAACUCGAGUAGACUUUGCGCUUCGGAAUCUCUAAAGAUACCAAAACAUCAAGCAACUCCGCCCUUGGCACCGCCUAGAACUUUAAGCAUAAAACGCGACAACCCAAAUGUUUUAUUACACAAACGUAUAAAUUCCAAACACGUUAAUAAAAUAUGCUGUAGCACUUUAGUUUUCGAUGAUUCGUCUUCAUUGAAUGAAUAUAGUAUUGCUACAUUUGAGCCAGAAAGGUCAUGUUCAAAAUCGAAAGACGACUGUGCAUCUUUCAACAAAGAUGAGAUAAAUCAGAAGAAGGUAGUACCAGAAACUAUUGACAAUAUUACAGCCAAAGACGAUACGUCUUUAAAAUCAAGUCGAUAUUCAAAUUUAAAAGUAAAAAGCAACUUUAAUACACAAAAUUGUGUGAAACUAAUUGAUUCAGAAGAAGAAGAAGCUCGUUCAAAAUCCAAAGGAAAAUUUUUGAGUAAAGAUAAAUUUUGUUGGGAGAAAACAAUAUUACUAGAUAUUGCCGAAAACAUGGAAAAUCGUGCAUCAUUAAAUUUGAACCAGUGUUUAAGGAAUAAAAAACCUACCGUGCUUGAUUCCAUAAAGUUAAAUGCAUCUCCAGCGAAAUGCAAUGUUGAUUCCAAAAAAGAUGAAAAUAAUUCUUUAGAACAAGAUGACAAAAUAAAAUCCAAAAAUAUUGAUUCGUGUAAUGAAAAUGAGAACCAACGUGACAAUUUACGGAUGACAUUGGACGACAGCUCUCUAAAAAAAAAAAAGAGUGUGAUCAAACUGGAUCGUAUGACUGAACCGAAAAGCGAGCGACUAAAACUGUUUUAUCCGAAAGAUGUGACGUGCGGCGCAGCAGGGGAGAAAAACGAUUCUGAGAAAGACAAAAAGAUGUGCACGGUAAUCUCCACCAUACCAAAAUGCGAGCGUCUUGAUGCUACAAGAGAAGACGGUGCUUUAAAUAAUAUCGCAAAACGUGUCAUUGCGGAAAAUAUCAAUCAACUAUGCGAGAAACGUCAAAAUUAUCACAGCGAAGAAUCAAGCGGCGUGAAGAAUGCUAAACGGACGAGGGUGGUUCGGAGCCAAUCCAAGUCGGAUGACUUUGAGAUGGAUAUUUUGAAGAGACAGAGACGACAUCUCACUUAUUUGCCUCCGGAGGAUAUCGCGCACGCUUUGAACCUCAACGUUCCCGCACGAAAUCCAACAUCUUUCGGUAUUACAAAAAAAAACUGGGAACAAAUUGUGACGGGACCGUGCACUGGUCAUGCAAGAAAUACAGAUAUAGAUGAGGGAGAUGAGUCGUAUGGUGAAUUAAUUACAGCAGUUUAUCAGGAUAUCCCAUCCGAGACUGACAUCUUGCUGCAAAAAGUAUCGGAUAGUUUAUCAUUGGUAUUACCAACUUUAUCGUCCUCAUCGGUACCAGAACCAUCAUUACCUCUCGAGACAAGCUAUACAACUACAUCCGUGCAAACAAAUGUUGCUGCAGUUCCCACUGGUCCCGUAAUUGAGUUGGAACCUAUUGAGACAAAGAACGAGCUCUACAGAACAUGUAUCGAUUUUUCGGUAAAAAAUGGGUCGAGUGCUAGCACACCGAAUACAACUACAGCAAACUCACAGCAAGAUAUUUCCGAUUACUACGAAUCAGCGAUGAGCAAAGACUUGUCAAUCAGUGACUGGGAGUAUCAGCUUCCAGCCCCACCGAGCGCCUUCCGCGAUUCGCAUUCACCCAUCUUCAAUGAUUACGAUGAUACAGUAGUCACGCUGGGAUCGGUGGAAGCUUUCAAGGAGCCGAUCGCGAGUCCAAUUGUAGAGCUGACGGAUACGAUAGAUGGUAGCAAUAACAACUCCAAAUCGACAAAAAAUUUAUCGAAUAAUGUUAAAGUGAAUUGUAAUCAAGAAGCUUUAAACGAAAAAAUGGACCUCGUGUCUGAAAAAGAAAUCGAUAUUAAGCAAAAACCAAGCCAGCUUAUUGUUAAGCAAGCGCUCAUCACUUCUUCACAAAAGUCAGAGACUAAUUCGGAUUUACGAAAACAGAUGCUCUCAGAGCUGGAGAACAAGAUAGAAACCGGUACAUUGGCACAGAUUGUCAAUAAAGAUUUUGAUCGAAGAAAUAUAGACGGCUUAUCCGCACCGGAGCUGGCACCCGUGGACAACACUCUAUCCAACUUUACUAUUACUACUUACACCAGACAAAAGAGUUUGGAUAUUUUCAAAGAGCUCGAGGAAUCCAUCGAUUGUACAAGAAAUUCGAAAGACAAGUUUAUCAAAACAUUUGCCAUGUUAUCAAGAACCAACACGGGUGCGUGUAAUUAUGACAAGAGGAAUGCUACAAAAAACACAUAUUUAAUUAAUAAUCUAUCGCACAGCAGGAAAGCAACAAAUAAAUCCAAACAACUGAAUGCAAAUAACGUCGACUAUAAAAUAGAACCAAAGAUUCGUGACCAGCAGGGUGAACUGCAUUACAAGUGGCAGUCUUUCAACGCGACCAAUGAUAAGACUAAUAUCCAGCGAUCCAAGAGUUACAUAUCGAUGACUAAUAACACCAAGUAUCAGAAAGAAGCACAAGGAAUCGAUGACACGAGGAAACACGAGGAGCCACAAAUUGAAUCAGAGAUUACUGGUAUGAAGAAAUCUACGAGCAUUACUGAUUUGAAUGUUGAAACAUUAAGAGACAAUUGCGUGAAAUUCUCACAAUGGAGAAUAAACAUACUGAAGAAUCAGGAGGAACCUACCAAAGAGGAGCAAUUACAAUCGUUGCAGGUAAUUUAGAAUUAUAAAAUGACGAUUGUAGGCUAUAAUAGAAAAAGUGCGGGUAUUGUGCGGGAUACCCUGAACCUUUUUUAAGAUAACUUGAAAAUUUGGAGAAUUGUCUCUAUUGUCGCGCCCUUCGUCUUAAUUCCGCUUCUACGAUAUCAAGUCUGUUACGUGUUGUAUUCUCUCGGUAAGCAGUGGAAAUAAACGCUCCUUUAAACGUUCUUUUGUUUUACUUUGGUCAAAACUGCGUGAUAUAAUGCGUAGCAUAGUUUGGAUGAGGUUUCAAG